AUGGGCAAAUUCGGGUUCAAGAAAUCCGAUGGCGACGAAGAAUCCGGCCGCCGAGCACUCUUCGGCUCGCGGUCCAAGAACAAGAGCCCAGCCCCUCCGUCGAAUCCCUACGCGCAGCCGAUUCCCGUGGACCCUUACACCAAGGCCAAGAUUAAUGCCGGCGUUGCCCCUCUGCCAUCCGAUCACCCAGCCGCCAACGGUGCCCCCGCCCCCGCCGGAGGACCCCACGCCAUCCCGUCUGACAACAAGUAUUCGGGUUACACUCCCAACCGCUACGGCAACCAGGGUGGUUACGGUAGUGACCGGUUCGGCGGAGCGAGUGCGGGUGCGGGCGCCGGCGCCGGCGGGGCCUCGCGGUAUGGUUCUGGUGGCUACGGUGGACUAGGCAGCACCGACCCCAAUGACCCUGGGGCAGCGGAUGCCGAUCGAAAUGCGUUGUUUGGCGGUGCCAAAAACCGGGCACCGCAGCAGCCCCAAGGCGGUGCACCUCCGCCCUACUCAGAGGGCCAGCCGAACCCCACGUACGGUGGAGGCAGCAACGAGUACAGCAUGGCGACUUUCCAGGACCGGCAACUGACGGCUGAGGAAGAAGCUGAGGAGGAGAUCCAGGGAAUGAAGCAGGAGAUGCGCUUUGUGAAGCAGGGCGAUGUGUCGUCGACGCGGAAUGCACUCCGGGCGGCAGCACAGGCCGAAGAAACCGGUCGCACCACGUUGGCCCGUCUGGGCGCGCAGGGCGAGCGGAUCCAUGACACGGAACGUAGUCUGGAUAUGGCAGGUAUUGAAGGUCGGAUGGCUCAAGAGAAGGCGAAGGAGCUCAAGACCGUCAGCGGGAGCAUGUUCGCGGUGCACGUGUCCAACCCGUUCACUAGCGCUCAGCGCCGACGCGAAAGAGACGAGAAGAUCCUCAACACGCACCGCGCCGAGCGUGAUCUUCGUGAGGGCACGCGGUCGGAGGCCUUCCAGAGCAGCCAGCGCAUGGAUCGAAUGUUUCGCGACAUCGACCGCGACGCGACCAAGCAGAGCAAGGGCCGCAAGGCGAACGUGACUGAGCGCGCCAAGUACCAGUUCGAGGCCGACAGCGAGGACGAGGCCAUGGAGGACGAGAUUGAGCAGAACCUGGAUCUUCUGGGCGGGGCCGCCGGUCGGCUGAACGGGCUCGCCAAGGCGACGGGUCGCGAGCUGGACGAGCAGAACAGGCAUCUGGAGCGCAUUACUGGCAAGAGCGACUACGUCGACGACCAGAUUGCCAUGAACCGGGCCAAGCUGGACCGGAUCCAUUAG